AAAAGUGAUUUUGCGGAAAAAAAAGCAGAUCGUUGUUUGUCUGUUAUAAAUCCACCAAAAUCUGAAUUACGUUGUGGUAGUAGUGCAUGGCGAGCAUUAAUAACUAAUGUACGUCUGUUAACAUUAACUGCAUUUGAUAGACUUUUUUUAAAGUAUGAAGACUACAUACGAAGUUAUAGAGAACAGAGAAAUGAUCCAUCUUGGAGUUUUUGCAAGUAUUUUUUAUAUCAGGAAGAAUUAGCUUUUGCAUUAGAAAUGCUUGGACUUCAUGAUGAAGCAUUAGUUCAGUAUGAUGAACUAGAUGCUAUGUAUACACAAUUUAUACUGAACUCUUUAAUUGGAAAUGUGCCAGAAUGGUUAACUGAAUUUCAAGGCUCCCUAGAACGAUGGGCUGCUGUUUUAUUUAUUGAUAAAAUAAGUCGUAAGCAAAGAGAUGCUAUCAAGAAAAAAAAAUUAUCAUUCUUAGAAUUUAGGUGCUAUUUAUUUUCUCGACAAGCAUCUUUAUUAAUAGCUGCUCGAAAACCAUGGCUAGUAGCAGAAAGAGCAUUACCAUUCCUUUAUCAAGCAGUAAGUGAUCUGUCGACUUUAGAAAUUAAAUGUCCACCUGGUUCUAUUGCCUGCUGGGUUUUACAAUGUAUUGCUCAAAUUUUAACUAUUUGCCAAUCUGUUAAAAAUUCAUUAAAUUUGGAAGAAUGUUCACACCAUACUGCUCCUCUUUUGUAUUAUUCCUUAAAAAAGGUCAGUGUCGAACUAUCAAAUUUGUCGGAUUAUAGAAUAUUCCCUAAAGACCUCCUAUAGUCCAGAACUUUUAAC